AUGGCGUCCAGGUUUGCAGCGAGUCCGACCUCCCCGAAUAGGGCCAAAUCCCAAGGCCCUGUCGCCAAGCAGAAGCCCGCAAGUUUACGAGGUUCUCCGGUUAGCCCGCGCUCUGAACAAACAGAGCCGGAUUAUCUGAACGACGACCUCCUCGAAGAAGAUUUCGAUGAGGCAUCGCCUCCUUACAAAUACCAAGAUCAAUCGGGACUUUCGGAAACUGAUAUUGAAGACGCUCCUCUUCGCCGCUUGAAGACUGACUUCGAUGACACUCUUCGUCGAUUGGUCAUUGCCAUUGACUUUGGCACUACCUUCACCGGAGUCGCGUUCGCUCUUCCAAAAUCACAUGAGGCUGGUCUCAACGAAAUUAAAGUUAUCGGCGAUUGGGGUGCACGCAUGAGUAAUAGUCUCAAGGUACCGAGCAUAUAUUCGUACUCUCCGGCUCCUGACGGGCAGCAACAAUGGGGGGACGACUUAAGCCCCGACGCCGUGACUAUGAUCAAUACCAAACUGGAGCUUGACGUACAAGAUAACAAGUCAGACGAGCUGGAGCUGAUUCUCCAAGUGCUGGACGGCAUGAAAGAUCUCAAUUUCAACUACGUUAGGGCAUCCGGCGGAUAUCCAGAAUACACCUGGAAAAGUCCGGAUGAGAUUGUGGCCGAUUAUCUCACUAAGGUAUACCACGCCUUUGACCAGAAUCUACAGAAGAAAAUCCAAAACCAGGGUAUCCGUCAGCGCCUGACAGUUGAUAUUGUUGUCACAGUCCCUGUGGACUGGGCUUACCGAGCCAAGAACUCGACACUGCGGGCAAUCAGAAGUGCUGGCUUCAAUGAACAGAAUUUCCCAAAUCUGCAUGACAUCAUCAUGGUUACAGAGCCCGAAGCAGCAGCGAUUUAUACGGCACGGUACUUGAAGAAAGAAAUGCAGAAAGAUUUUCUGAAGGUCGGCGAAUGCUUCGUAUUGUGUGACGCGGGAGGGGGCACCGUCGAUGUUGUUUCGUACAGAGUCACGAAUCUUGAGCCAACGCUAGAGCUUGAGCUUACUGGAAUCCCAUACAGCUCCAAAUGCGGUUCUGCGUACAUCGACACCAACUUCAAGCUUUGGCUUAGAGACAUCCUAGGGGAGAGAUAUUUCCAACAGCUCGACCAGAAUAAUAGCCGCAAUAGGAUCAGCACAAUUAGUGAGGGACGGCGAAUGCGAUUCGUGAUCAAACAAUUCGACGCUCUCAAGAAGAACUUCUUCCUAAAAUCUGCACCAAUGAAGAUCGAGCUUCCGGAACCAUUGAAGAACAUCUCCAUUGCUGGCAAGGUGAAUCUAGGAGAACUAGCUAUCACAAGCGAGGAGAUGAGGUCGUUUUUCGACCCAUGUGUUGACGGAGUCAUAGAGCUCUACCAGGGCCAGCUCCAGCAGAUUGAAAGGCAAGGGCGGCGCUUGAAAAACGUGUUCUUGAUCGGUGGGUUUGGGGAGUCACGAUAUCUACAAGCUGAGCUUCAAGCAGCUUUAAAGUUUCGGAAUGUUGAGUUGCGAAGACCAGAUACGUCGUGGACAGCCGUUGUGCGUGGUGCCGUAAUCCAUGGCAUUGAGAAAAGCAAUCGUCCAAAUGUAAUAUACAUGAAGACUUGCCCACGAAGCUAUGGAAUUGUGCUCAACGAAACUUUCCGUGGAUCCAUGUUUCACCUGGAAGAUCGUUACACAGACCCUAUUACCGGCGAUAUGAAGGCUCAAGGUCAGAUCACAUGGCUUGUCAAGAAAGGCGACCUUAUCCUUUCUGACGAGGGAAGGACGUCUUCCAAGGACUUCCGGGUCAGCUUUCAAGGGACCGUGGAAGCUGAUGAACGCAAAAAAAAGCUAUCCAUCUACGAAUACGAAGACGACGAUCUUCCAGAUCGAUUCCAAAAUGCACGAGAAGAGCUCAAAGAAGUGGCUAUUCUUACAUACGAUCUAUCCACGAUCUCACUGGAUAACUUCGACCGAGCCGAAAACCCUACAAACAAAGCUGUGUACUACGAAACAUAUCUGACUUGCAAGAUGGUCAUGUCUGGAGCGACAGUGACAGUUGAAAUUCUGUGGAAUGACACGGAGCUAUGCAAAGUCAAAAUCGAGGACGUUGGCCGUAAGAGCUCAACGCGGUCGUGGAAUAAUGUCCGCCCUGAAGCCUUGCCACAUCGUGGGCAUCCGGACGCCCACAGUACCUCGUCUUUCGAACUUCCGGGGAGUUUUCGGGAAACGCAUUGAGGCAUGGCAUGGAGGCAAAUAUUGGCUGGCGUCUGCAUGCAGCCUGUGCUUUAGUUUUCUGCAAGAACAGCGAGCCACAUUUUGCAUCUUACGGGAAAUUAUCACGAGUGCUUGAGCAUGGCGUUGCUGCAGGCGGGAGUGCAUGUAGCAAGGAAUAUGAUUUGAUGAAUAUUGCUUCUCUCUAAGCCUGGUCUUUCGGAUAUGAGUACACUAGAUUAAAUCCGGCAUUUCAAGGCACUAAGGCACCCAUGGCAUGCUGGGCAGCAAGAUAGACAGCUCCAAUCGG